GGAGGCGUGAGAAAGAGAGAGACUGGAGCGGAACAGAGCAGAGCAGAGAAGAGAGAGGAAGAGAGGGGAGAGGCUUUGUGUUCGGCGCCCGGGGAGAGAGGAGAGAGGAGAGAGGAGCCGAGAUGUCGGCCACCGCCACUGUGACCAGCACCAGGAAGCUGGUGGAGCAACUGCGCUGUGAGGUCGGCAUCAAGCGGCUGAAGGUAUCCCAGGCAGCAACGGACCUGAAGCAGUUUUGUCUGCAGAAUGCACCACAGGAUCCAUUACUGACAGGAAUACAUCCCAACACCAACCCCUUCCGGCCUUUCAAGCCCUGCUUGAUACUCUAACUGCAAAUGGCAUUCCACUUUCUCUUGGUUUUUAGGCUCUUCAAUGGAAAUUGAAUUCACCCUUGGUGAAUGUCCUGCAAAACAAUGAAGAUGUUUACACUAAUCUUGACUCUCAGUGGCCUUGAAACCAAUGGACAAGCCAUGUUGGAUCUUUAUAAGAAGCCUCUUAAAAUCUGUGCCAACUUUCUCCACUGUCACUUUGAAAAUUGGCAGCUCUUUGAUACUGAUUUUAAACCUAGCUCAUUGCUUCAAUGACGUUUUGUAGGUACAAUUUUAGUUGCUUGUCCAACAUACUGUUUCUAAGAACAUUGGACACUGGUAAUGAUGUAUUAAUAACUAUCUGACAAGUAUUUUAUGAUUAAGUCCAUUUUGAAAGGAUACUGUAUAUACUAGUGUACGAGAUUGAAACACUUUUUUCCCCCCAAAAUAUCAUUGGACAUCACUUUAAGGUUCUAUAUUUACAGUGAAAAUUACGACAUUAAUUCAAAUAUUUUCUCUUCCCUUGUUAAUUCAACCAAGGCAUUGAUCAGGCAAAAGUCUUGGAAUAUAAUACGUGUAGGGAGGAACUGCAGAUGUUGGUUUAAACCGAAGAUAGACAAAACGCUGGAGUAACUCAGCGGGUCAGACAGCAUCGCUGGAGAGAAGGAAUCUCCCUCUCACCUGACUUUCCGUCUGAAGAAAGGUCACGACCCGAAACGUCACCUAUUCCCUCUCUCUCUCCAGAGAAGCUGCCUGGCCCGCUGAGUCACUCCAGCUUUUUGUGUUCGAUCGUGGAAUACGAUAGUCGAGAUGUCAUACGAUAUGUAGAGAAGCUGUAAUUUAGAAAUUGGUUCUUGGUCAUUCUGUAGAGUUCAGUGUUGAUUGUGGCACCUUUCAGUACAGGGAAUGUACUGUCAUUGAAAGGGGUUGGGGAUUAUUCCCUGGGCAUUAUCUGUGAAAUACUUUUGCCCAGAUCCACUAGGUGGGUCUUUAUGUUGUUCAGAGUAAGACCUAGCAAUCCCAGCCUUGAGUGCCAUUUACGACAUCUCUACAUGGAUUAACCAGGAGAGUCGGCACCAGCAUCUCGGGGAGAUAGACAACAAAAUAGACAGGCAAAAGUCUUAGAAUAUAAUACGUGUAAGAAGGAACUGCAGAUGCUGGUUUUACACUGAAGAUAGACACAAAAUGCUGGAGCAACUUAACAGGACAGGCAGCAUCUCUGGAGAGAAGGAGUGGGUGACGUUUCGGGUCGAGAUCCUUCUUCAGACUGAGCCUUGCCAGUAAUAUGCAGAAACUGCAGUAUUAUUGGGGGGGGGGGAAGUAUUGUCUGAAAUAUUAUACAGAGCAAAACAAACUAUCAGAAUAGGAAGGUUUCAAGGAAAGGCUGGCUGGCGUGUGGAAUUCUCUAUCAUGUUGUGUUUGACAUUCUCUGCUUUGUUACACUGAUCAGCUUUGAAGAAUCUAUCAAGCCUUCCAACGGUGCAGAUGAUGAAUUAAAUUAUUGUAUUAAUAGACUGGAGGCUACACUGGGUGAUUUGAUGGCUUUGUGUCAAUGCUGUCGCUGAGUGAGACAGGGUUAUAUACAUGGGGUCCGCAGGUAUUUGUCAUGCCCAUUCAAAGUAAAAUAACCUUUGAAAGUGCGAUCUGUCAAAAAAAAUAACAAUUGCAAAGUAUUACUCUUAUUAGUCAAGUAUUAUACUGUGGUUUUGGUUGAAGAAAGGUCUCGACUUGAAUCAUCAUCUAUCCAUGUUCUCCAGAGAUGCUUCCUGACUCCAGCACUUUGUGUCAUAGAAACAUAGAAAAUAGGUGCAGGAGGAGGCCAUUCGGCCCAGCACCGCCAUUCAUAAUGAUCAUGGCUGAUCGUCCCCUAUUAAUAGCCCGUGCCUGCCUUCUCCCCAUAUUCCUUGACUCCACUAGCCCCUAGAGCUCUAUCUAACUCUCUUAAAUCCAUCCAAUGCCUUGGCCUCCACUGCCCUCUGUGGAAGGGAAUUCCAUAAAUUCACAACUCUCUGGGUGAAAAAGUAUUUUCUAAACUCAGUCCUAAAUGACCUCCCCUUUAUUCAAAGACUGUGGCCCCUGGUUCUGGACUCGCCCAACAUUGGGGAAAAAAUGUCCUGCAUCUAGCUUGUCCAGUCCUUUUAUAAUUGUAUAUGUUUCUAUAAGAUCCCCCCCCCCUCAUCCUUCUAAACUCCAGUGGAUACUGCAGUGUCCUUCUGCUGAUUACACUUUGUCAGGUCCCUUUCCUAAGGUUUGGCUGUGUGGAACCUGAAGCUCUUGUAUAUACAGUAUCUGAUCGAGACAAAAUGGAUGUAACGUGAUUUCGCUGACUGUUUUGUGGUGUUGCAGCGUAAUCUAUCUCUUUCACGGAUCAAAAUCUUUCAAUAAACUUUUUUUUUUAAACGUGUAGAUUAGGAGGUGUUGGCGAGUUAAUUAUCAUCGUGAACAGGAAGGGUGUCGAAGGGUGCAAAGUAAAGUAGGUGUUUCACAUUGCAUUAGAAAUGUCUGAUUAUCAGUCAAUUGUGAGGUUGUGUCGUGGGGCUGACUGAUUCUCUCUGUAAAGAAAUGUCAACCUUUCUCUUUUGUAAGCAUCAAGCACUCCAGAUCAGAAAAUAAAUGUUCUUCCCACCC